UCCGGGGAGACCGGAUAUAGAGAAUGCGGGGUCCGGGAAGAGCGGAUAUAGUGAAUGCAGGGUCCAAGAAGAACGGAUAUAGUGAAUGCGGGGUCCGGGGAGACCAGAUAUACCUAAUGCGGGGUCCGGGGAGAGCGGAUAUACUGAAUGCGGGGUCCGGGGAGAGCAGACAUAUGAUACUGAACCCCGGACCCUGCAUUCAGUAUAUCUGCUCUCCCAGGACCCUGCAUUCACUAUAUCCGCUCUCCCCGGACCCCGCAUUCACUAUAUCCACUCUCCCCGGACCCUGCAUUCACUAUAUCCGCUCUCCCCGGACCCUGCAUUCACUAUAUCCACUCUCCCCGCACCCCGCAUUCACUAUAUCCACUCUCCCGGACCCCGCAUUCACUAUAUCCGCUCUCCCCGGACCCCGCAUUCACUAUAUCCGCUCUCCCCGGACCCCGCAUUCACUAUAUCCGCUCUCCCGGACCCCGCAUUAACUAUAUCCGCUCUCCCCGGACCCCGCAUUCACUAUAUCUGCUCUCCCCGCACCCCACAUUUACUAUAUCUGCUCUUCCCGGACCCUGCAUUCACUAUAUUCGCUCUCCCCAGAGCCUGCAUUCACUAUAUCCGCUCUCCCCGGACCCCGCAUUCACUAUAUCCGCUCUCUCUCCGGAUCCCGCAUUCACUAUAU